AUGGCUUCGCGUCUGGCUAAGAGCGCCAUUGGUGCUACCCGGCUUCGGCCGACCCUCCCCUCGCGCAACGUCGCUCCUAUCACGGCCACCCUGACCGCGUCUCGUGCGGCCUCCAACGUCCCCACGGAGGACCCCAAGAAGAAGGCUCAGUCGAUCCUCGACUCUCUCCCCGGCAACUCCCUCGUUUCCAAGACCGCCGUCCUCUCCGCCGCCGCCGGUCUCUCCAUUGCGGCCAUCAGCAAUGAGCUCUAUGUCAUGAACGAGGAAACCGUGGCCGCCUUCUGUCUGCUCAGCGUCUUCACUGCCGUUGCCAAGUACGGUGGUCCGGCCUACAAGGAGUGGGCUGAGGGUCAGGUCCAGAAGCACAAGGAUAUCCUGAACGCCGCCCGUGCCGACCACACCAACGCUGUCAAGCAGCGCAUGGACAACGUGCAGGAGCUCUCUGGUGUUGUUGACAUCACCAAGCAGCUCUUUGCUGUUUCCAAGGAAACCGCCCAGCUCGAGGCUCAGGCCUACGAGCUCGAGCAGCGCACUGCUCUGGCCGCUGAGGCCAAGCAGGUUCUCGAGUCGUGGGUGCGCUAUGAGGGUCAGGUCAAGCAGCGCCAGCAGCGUGAGCUUGCCGAGACUGUCAUUGGCAAGAUCCAGAAGGAGCUUGAGAGCCCCAAGGUUCUGCAGCAGAUCCUCCAGCAGAGCGUUGCUGAUGUCGAGCGCAUCAUGUCUACCAAGGCCCAGUAA